CAAACGCUGCGGCGGGAGUCGCGGGGCGCAGGCUUGCAGGGUCGGCUGUGGCACCAGUGAGGAGAUGCUGAAGUUCAAGUAUGGAUCACGGAAUACACAGGAUGCUGGUGCCAUUGAGCCCAUUGCCAGCCGGGCCUCCAGGCUGAAUCUCUUCUUCCAGGGGAAACCACCCUUUAUGACUCAACAGCAGAUGUCUCCUCUUUCCCGAGAAGGGAUAUUAGAUGCCCUCUUUGUUCUCUUUGAAGAAUGCAGUCAGCCUGCUCUGAUGAAGAUUAAGCACGUGAGCAACUUCGUCCGGAAGUAUUCUGACACCAUAGCUGAGUUACAGGAGCUCCAGCCUUCGGCAAAGGACUUUGAAGUCAGAAGUCUUGUAGGUUGUGGCCACUUUGCUGAAGUGCAGGUGGUAAGAGAGAGAGCAACUGGGGACAUCUAUGCCAUGAAAAUCAUGAAGAAGAAGGCCUUGUUGGCCCAGGAGCAGGUUUCAUUUUUUGAGGAAGAACGGAACAUAUUAUCUCGGAGCACAAGCCCUUGGAUCCCCCAAUUACAGUAUGCCUUCCAGGAUAAAAAUAACCUUUACCUGGUCAUGGAAUAUCAGCCUGGAGGGGAUUUGCUGUCACUUUUGAAUAGAUAUGAGGACCAAUUAGAUGAAAAUAUGAUUCAGUUUUACCUAGCUGAACUGAUUUUGGCUGUUCACAGUGUUCAUCAGAUGGGAUAUGUACACCGCGACAUCAAGCCAGAGAAUGUUCUCAUUGACCGAACAGGACACAUCAAGUUGGUGGAUUUUGGAUCAGCUGCUAAAAUGAAUUCAAAUCAAAUGGUGAACUCCAAACUCCCGAUUGGGACCCCAGAUUACAUGGCUCCUGAAGUGCUGACCAUUAUGAAUGGGGACGGGAAAGGUGUCUACGGUACAGACUGUGACUGGUGGUCCGUGGGAGUCAUUGCUUACGAAAUGGUUUAUGGGAGAACCCCAUUCACGGAGGGAACCUCAGCCAGAACCUUCAAUAACAUCAUGAACUUCCAGCGGUUUUUGAAAUUUCCGGAUGACCCCAAAGUGAGCAGUGGAUUCCUUGAUCUCAUUCAAAGUUUGUUGUGUGGCCAGAGAGAAAGGUUGAAGUUUGAGGGCCUCUGUUGCCACCCUUUCUUCUCUAAAAUCGACUGGAAUGACAUUCGUAACUCGCCCCCCCCCUUCGUCCCCACCCUCAAGUCUGAUGAUGACACCUCCAAUUUUGAUGAACCAGAGAAGAAUUCGUGGGUUUCAUCCUCUCCGUGCCAGCUGAGCCCCUCGGGUUUCUCGGGCGAAGAACUGCCGUUUGUGGGGUUUUCGUACAGCAAGGCACUGGGGAUUCUUGGUAGAUCUGAGUCUGUUGUGUCGGGUCUGGACUCCCCUGCCAAGACUAGCUCCAUGGAAAAGAAACUUCUCAUCAAAAGCAAAGAGCUGCAAGACUCUCAGGACAAGUGUCACAAGAUGGAGCAGGAAAUGACCCGGUUACAUCGGAGAGUGUCAGAGGUGGAGGCUGUGCUUAGUCAGAAGGAGGUGGAGCUGAAGGCCUCUGAGACUCAGAGAUCCCUCCUGGAGCAGGACCUUGCCACCUACAUCACAGAAUGCAGUAGCUUAAAGCGAAGUUUGGAGCAAGCACGGAUGGAGGUGUCCCAGGAGGAUGACAAAGCACUGCAGCUUCUCCAUGACAUCAGAGAGCAGAGCCGGAAGCUCCAAGAAAUCAAAGAGCAGGAGUACCAGGCUCAAGUGGAAGAAAUGAGGCUGAUGAUGAAUCAGUUGGAAGAGGAUCUUGUCUCAGCAAGAAGACGAAGCGAUCUGUACGAAUCUGAGCUGAGAGAGUCUCGGCUUGCCGCCGAAGAGUUCAAGCGGAAAGCGACAGAAUGUCAGCAUAAACUGAUGAAGGUAGUCAGCCAUCCCCCAGGAGGAUGCUCUUUGGGCACAGUCAUGGAUGAUCUUAGCAAGACACAAGGGAGCACUAGCUUAGCUAAGGAUCAAGGGAAGCCUGAAGCAGGAGAAUAUUCCAAACUUGAGAAGAUCAAUGCCGAGCAGCAGCUCAAAAUCCGGGAGCUCCAAGAAAAGCUGGAAAAGGCGGUAAAAGCCAGCACAGAGGCCACCGAGCUGCUGCAGAACAUCCGCCAGGCCAAGGAGCGAGCCGAGAGGGAGCUGGAGAAGCUGCAGAACCGAGAAGACUCUUCUGAAGGCAUAAGAAAGAAGCUGGUGGAAGCCGAGGAACGCCGCCAUUCUCUGGAGAACAAGGUAAAGAGACUAGAGACCAUGGAGCGUAGAGAAAACAGACUGAAGGAUGACAUCCAGACAAAAUCCCAACAGAUCCAGCAGAUGGCUGAUAAAAUUCUGGAGCUGGAGGAGAAACACCGGGAGGCCCAGAUCUCAGCUCAGCACCUAGAAGUACACCUGAAGCAGAAAGAACAGCACUACGAGGAAAAAAUUAAAGUGUUGGACAAUCAGAUAAAGAAAGACUUGGCAGAUAAGGAGAGCCUGGAGAACCUGAUGCAGAGACACGAGGAGGAGGCCCAUGAGAAGGGCAAGAUUCUCAGCGAGCAGAAGGCGAUGAUCAACGCUAUGGAUUCCAAGAUCAGAUCCCUGGAACAGAGGAUUGUGGAACUGUCUGAAGCCAAUAAACUGGCAGCAAACAGCAGUCUCUUCACCCAAAGGAACAUGAAGGCCCAGGAAGAGAUGAUUUCAGAACUCAGGCAGCAGAAGUUUUACCUGGAGACGCAGGCUGGGAAAUUGGAGGCCCAGAACCGAAAGCUGGAAGAACAGCUGGAGAAAAUCAGCCACCAAGAUCACAGUGACAAGAGUCGGCUGCUGGAGCUGGAGACCAGGCUGAGGGAGGUCAGCCUGGAGCACGAGGAGCAGAAACUGGAGCUGAAGCGCCAGCUCACGGAGCUGCAGUUGUCCCUGCAGGAGCGCGAGUCCCAGCUGACAGCCCUGCAGGCCGCCCGGGCUGCCCUGGAGAGCCAGCUUCGGCAAGCUAAGACAGAGCUGGAGGAGACCACAGCAGAAGCGGAAGAGGAGAUCCAGGCUCUCACGGCGCAUAGAGAUGAAAUCCAGCGCAAAUUUGAUGCCCUUCGUAACAGCUGUACUGUCAUCACAGACCUGGAGGAGCAGCUAAACCAGCUGACUGAGGACAACGCUGAACUCAACAACCAAAACUUCUACCUGUCCAAACAACUCGAUGAGGCAUCUGGUGCCAACGAUGAGAUAGUCCAGCUGCGAAGUGAGGUGGACCAUCUUCGCCGUGAGAUCACCGAGAGGGAGAUGCAGCUCACCAGCCAGAAGCAAACGAUGGAGGCUCUGAAGACCACGUGCACGAUGCUGGAGGAGCAGGUCAUGGAUUUGGAGGCCCUGAAUGAUGAGCUGCUGGAGAAGGAGCGCCAGUGGGAGGCCUGGAGGAGUGUCCUUGGUGACGAGAAGUCCCAGUUUGAGUGUCGGGUUCGAGAGUUACAGAGGAUGCUGGACACGGAGAAGCAGAGCAGGGCAAGAGCUGACCAGCGGAUCACUGAGUCUCGCCAGGUGGUGGAGUUGGCAGUGAAGGAGCACAAGGCUGAGAUUCUCGCUCUGCAACAGGCUCUCAAAGAACAGAAGCUGAAAGCUGAGAGCCUCUCUGACAAGCUCAAUGACCUGGAGAAGAAGCACGCCAUGCUUGAAAUGAAUGCCCGAAGCCUGCAGCAGAAACUGGAGACAGAACGAGAGCUCAAACAGAGGCUUCUGGAAGAGCAAGCCAAGCUACAGCAGCAGAUGGACAUGCAGAAGAACCACAUUUUCCGUCUGACUCAAGGGCUGCAAGAAGCUUUGGAUAGGGCCGAUCUGCUGAAGACAGAAAGAAGCGAUCUGGAGUAUCAGCUGGAAAACAUUCAGGUUCUCUACUCUCAUGAAAAGGUGAAGAUGGAAGGCACUAUUUCUCAACAAACCAAACUCAUUGAUUUUCUGCAAGCCAAAAUGGACCAACCUGCUAAAAAGAAAAAGGGUUUAUUUAGUCGACGGAAAGAGGACCCUGCUUUACCCACACAGGUUCCUCUGCAGUACAAUGAGCUGAAGCUGGCCCUGGAGAAGGAAAAAGCUCGCUGUGCAGAGCUGGAGGAAGCCCUUCAGAAGACCCGCAUUGAGCUCCGAUCUGCCCGGGAGGAAGCUGCCCACCGCAAAGCCACAGACCACCCACAUCCUUCUACUCCAGCCACAGCGAGGCAGCAGAUUGCCAUGUCCGCCAUUGUGCGGUCACCUGAGCACCAGCCCAGUGCCAUGAGCCUGCUUGCCCCACCGUCUAGCCGCAGAAAGGAGUCUUCAACCCCAGAAGAAUAUAGCCGGCGUCUUAAGGAGCGCAUGCACCACAAUAUUCCUCACCGAUUUAACGUAGGACUGAACAUGCGAGCCACAAAGUGUGCUGUGUGUCUGGAUACUGUACACUUCGGACGUCAGGCAUCCAAAUGUCUCGAAUGUCAGGUGAUGUGUCACCCCAAGUGCUCCACGUGCUUGCCAGCCACCUGCGGCCUGCCCGCCGAAUACGCCACACACUUCACCGAGGCCUUCUGCCGUGACAAAAUGAACUCCCCGGGUCUGCAGACCAAGGACCCCAGCAGCAGCCUGCACCUGGAAGGGUGGAUGAAAGUGCCCAGGAAUAACAAACGAGGACAGCAGGGCUGGGACAGGAAGUACAUUGUCCUGGAGGGAUCCAAAGUCCUCAUUUAUGACAAUGAAGCCAGAGAAGCUGGACAGAGGCCGGUGGAAGAAUUUGAGCUGUGCCUUCCCGACGGGGAUGUAUCUAUUCAUGGUGCCGUUGGUGCUUCCGAACUCGCAAAUACAGCCAAAGCAGAUGUCCCAUACAUACUGAAGAUGGAAUCUCACCCGCACACCACGUGCUGGCCCGGGAGGACCCUCUACCUGUUAGCUCCCAGCUUUCCUGACAAACAGCGCUGGGUCACCGCCUUAGAAUCAGUUGUCGCAGGUGGGAGAGUUUCUAGGGAGAAGGCAGAAGCCGAUGCCGCCCGUGGCUGGGUUUUCUACGAGCUUCUGACAGCGUGGGUUCAGAAAUUGCUUGGAAACUCCCUGCUGAAACUGGAAGGUGAUGACCGGCUGGACAUGAACUGCACACUGCCCUUCAGUGACCAGGUGGUGUUGGUGGGCACCGAGGAAGGGCUGUAUGCACUGAAUGUCUUGAAAAACUCCUUAACCCAUGUGCCAGGAAUUGGAGCAGUCUUCCAAAUUUAUAUCAUCAAGGACCUGGAGAAGCUACUCAUGAUAGCAGGAGAAGAGCGGGCCCUGUGUCUGGUGGACGUGAAGAAAGUGAAGCAGUCCCUGGCGCAGUCGCACCUUCCCGCCCAGCCAGACAUCUCGCCCAACAUCUUCGAAGCUGUGAAGGGCUGCCACUUGUUUGCUGCUGGCAAGAUUGAGAAUGGGCUCUGUAUCUGUGCAGCCAUGCCCAACAAAGUCGUCAUCCUCCGCUACAACGAAAACCUCAGCAAGUACUGCAUUCGGAAGGAGAUCGAGACCUCAGAGCCCUGCAGCUGCAUCUACUUCACCAAUUAUAGUAUCCUCAUCGGAACCAACAAAUUCUACGAAAUCGACAUGAAGCAGUACACGCUAGAGGAAUUCCUGGACAAGAACGACCACUCCUUGGCGCCUGCUGUGUUUGCUUCCUCUUCCAACAGCUUCCCCGUCUCCAUCGUGCAGGUGAACGGGGCAGGGCAGCGAGAGGAGUACCUGCUGUGCUUCCACGAAUUUGGGGUGUUCGUGGAUUCUUACGGAAGACGUAGCCGCACAGAUGAUCUCAAGUGGAGCCGCUUACCCUUGGCCUUUGCCUACAGAGAACCCUAUCUGUUUGUGACCCACUUCAACUCACUGGAAGUCAUUGAAAUCCAGGCACGCUCCUCGCUGGGGACCCCUGCCCGAGCGUAUCUGGAAAUCCCGAACCCACGCUACCUGGGCCCUGCGAUUUCCUCAGGAGCGAUUUACCUGGCCUCCUCGUAUCAGGAUAAAUUAAGGGUCAUAUGCUGCAAAGGAAACCUUGUGAAGGAGUCCGGCACCGACCACCACCGGGUCCCGUCCACCUCCCGCAGCAGCCCCAACAAGCGAGGCCCACCGACGUACAAUGAGCACAUCACCAAGCGCGUGGCCUCCAGUCCGGCGCCACCCGAAGGCCCCAGCCACCCCCGAGAGCCAAGCACACCCCACCGCUACCGCGAGGGGCGGACAGAGCUACGCAGGGACAAGUCUCCCGGCCGCCCCCUGGAGCGCGAGAAGUCCCCAGGCCGCAUGCUUAGCACGCGGAGGGAGCGGUCCCCUGGGAGGCUGUUUGAAGACAGCAGCAGGGGCCGGCUGCCUGUGGGAGCCGUGAGGACCCCACUGUCGCAGGUCAACAAGGUCUGGGACCAGUCCUCAGUAUAAAUCUCAGCCAGAAAAAAAAAAAACAAAAAAAAAAAAACAACUCCUCAUCUCAAGUCUGCAGGAAAACACCAAACACACUAUGGAACUCCACUGCAGGGGACCCCAGCACCCAUCUGCUCAGCCACCCACGGCACAGCUGGGCACAGCCCUGCCUCGGCUCGGACACCCCUGUCUCCAGAGGUGCAGGUGGCCGGGGCUCUUGAGAGCUGUCAUUGCUUGGGGCCUCCUCCAGGCACCUUCCUGCAGUCACCCUCUUUGCACUUUGUUACUCUUUCAAGCAUUCAUAAACUUUUGUACCUAGCUCUAGCCUGUACCAGUUCAUCAGAGGAAACCAACCGGAACACUAACUGUGGUUAGAAUCCUAAUUAGCUACUUUAAGAUCCUGGGGUUGGUUGGUUUUUCUUUUUGGUUUUCUCCUUUGUUUCUUCUUCUUCUUCUUUUUUUUUUUCAAAGACAACAGAAUUCUUAAUAGAUUUGAAUAGCAGUGUAUUUCCUGUUGUAGUCAUUUUUAGCUAGAUCACACCAUCAGGUCUCUGCCACUGAAACGUAGUGUAGAAGAGUCCCCGUUGUUCCGCUAAUCUCCCAAGUUCCUGUCGCUUCAUUCUCGUUCCAGUCCAUUUUCAUAGAUGGCCCUGCUUUAUGUAGGGUGACAUCGUAGCCAAAUGUUUACUGUUCUCAUUGCCUUUUAUGGCCUUGACGACUUCCCCUCCCACCAGCUAAGAAUGUACGGAGGUCAUCGGGCCUCAGCUUGGAGGCAGUGACCUGGGGCCAAGGGACCUCACCGAGCUUUCCUUCCUCGACCCCCAGUGUCAUCCCCAGCCUGCUGUCCCCGCUUACCAUGUAGCUUUGGCCAGGAAAGCAUGCAAUAGACUUGCUCUGAGCCCAGCAUUAAUGGGUCUUGGGGUUGGGGUCUUGGGUUGGGAGGGGACUGUCCUUGAUGGCGUGUUGCUCCCCACUCUGGGAUGGGGAGGAGACCCGUCCAGGAGCUCUGCAUGGCGGUUCACUGCAUGUGCUGCCCCCUGACCUGGCUGACCCCUUUGGGUUGCGCUGCCAAUGUGUUGAUGCCAUCCCAUAGCUCCCGCCGAAUCGAGACCCUCUGCCGACUUGCCAACAACUGGCCACAACAAGCUGCAGUCUGUAGCACUGAACAAACAAACAAAACGCUCAAGCCUUACGACCAGAGAAGGACUUCAGCAAACCGCCCCCGACUCGGUUUCCCCUCUGACCCUCAUGCUCCCCUGCCGACUUCCUCACGGAUGACUGUGUUCACACAAAAUCCAGCACGGUUCUACCCUGAAACUGUGACUUCUCAAAUGAGCCUUUGCCUAGGGCUAGACAUAAGACCAGGAUGUUAGAGAGAAGCCGUAGCUCAACUCUUCCAGCCCCCUUGGGUUGGCUGGUCCUCCCUAGGUGCAGUGCGGCGCCCCCUAUUUCUCUCUGCCUUCUUUCAGAGGGCUGAGUUCCUGGCAACUGGUAUAGAACCAACCUAGAGGCUUUGCAGUUGGCAAGCUAACUAGCGGCCUUAUUUCUGCCUUUAAUCUCCCACAAGGCCUCUCCUGCUUUGGAUUCUCCAUGAUUCUUAGGCAUGCCUCAAAACCAAGGCACAUCCUAGGUGGGCUGAAGGUAGACCUGUUUCCACCGCAGCAGGUGAACGUGACCGUGUUUUCAACCCAUGUGUCCACAGUUCAAGUCACUUUCCAGAUUGCAACCUGGCCCAAAUACCGGCUCCUUCCUGCUCGUCUCUUAACCUAAGUGCUUUCUUGUUUGAACCACCCAUGAACCUCCGUGUUGUAGCCCAUUGCCAAGUGUCCUGCUGCUGUGUUUUAUGUGUUGCUUGGGAUCAUAUUCUCUUCCCCCUCCCCUAGGGCAGAUCUGACUGAAUGUUUGCUGAAGUUUUUGUCUCUUGGUCCACAAGUAUUUGGAAAGGUCACUGAUAAUUGGUCUUUCAGUCUUGGCAUUUCAUUUAGGAUCUCCAUGAGAAAAAGGGCAUCACAAGCCCUGAAAAAUGUAUAUUGUGUGUCUCAUUUGUGAAAUGCUUCCUGCUAUAUAGAACUAGCUCAAAAGACUGUACAUAUUUACAAGAAACUUUAUAUUCGUAAAAAAAAAGGAAAUUGAAUUGGUUUCUACUUUUUUAUUGUAAAAGGUGCAUUUUUCAACACUUACUUUUGGUUUCAACGGUGGUAGUUACGGACAGCCAUCUUCAUCAGAGGGUUGGGCGCUCCAUGUGUCCACCAAGACGCCAGCAGGAAAUAUCGAAACAUGAAAUUGCAGUCAAAAGCUUAUUAGUAUAAAUAAGAUUCCAGGUCUCCAAAAGUACAGGCUUUUUCUUCAUUACCUUUUUUAUUCAGAAUAAGGAUGAGAACAUAAGGAACAAUCCAAGAUCCACCUUGAGAGAGAUGAACUUUGUUGUUGAACAAUAGUGAAAUAAAGCAAUGAUCUAAAAAUGUU